AUGGCAGCGCCCUCAGAACACGUUGAAAUAACAUCCACAGAGACAGGCCCGACAGAAACUACCAGAGACCCUGACACCUCAGAGUCGGAACAGGCGGCUCAGGACCCAGACCCGGAUCUGGAUGAAGAUGAAGACCCGGACGGAGACGAGACGCCAGAGCCGAAGGUCCGAGACACUCCGGAGGACAUCCGACUGGAGGCGAUCGCCAACACGGUGGCGUUCCACCCGAGCAGGGACAUCCUGGUGUGUGGGGACGUGGACGGGGACGUGUACGCCUAUUCCUACUCGUGUACGGAGGGCGAGAACCGGGAGCUGUGGUCGUCCGGACACCACAUGAAGUCAUGUCGCCAGGUGCGCUUCUCCUCGGACGGACUGAAGCUCUACAGCGUCUCUCGGGACAAGGCUGUCCACCUGCUGGACGCGGAGCGAGGACAGCUGGUCACGAGGAUCCGCGGGGCGCACGGGGCUCCCAUCAAUAGUCUGCUGCUGGUGGACGAAAACAUCCUGGCGACCGGAGACGACAGGGGCACCCUCAAGGUGUGGGACAUGAGGAAGGGGACGGCCAUCAUGGACCUGAAACACCAUGAGGAUUACAUCAGUGACAUCACUGUGGACCAGGCCAAGAGGAUCCUGCUCACUGCCAGUGGUGAUGGUACCUUGGGCGUCUUCAACAUCAAGAGGCGGCGGUUCGAACUGGUGUCGGAGUAUCAGAGCGGCGACCUGACCUCGGUGGCGCUGAUGAAACGGGGCAAGAAGGUGGUUUGCGGCUCCAGUGAGGGGACCAUCUACAUCUUCAACUGGAAUGGCUUUGGAGCCACCAGCGAUCGCUUCGCCCUCAAGGCGGAGUCGGUGGAGUGCAUCGUCCCUGUCACAGACAGCAUCAUGUGCACCGCCUCCAUGGACGGAUACAUUCGAGGCAUCAACCUCCUUCCCAACCGGGUCAUCGGCUGCAUUGGGCAGCACGUCGGCGAACCCAUCGAAGAGCUCGCCAAGUCCUGGGACUCCCGCUUCUUGGCCAGCAGCGCCCACGACCAGCUCAUCAAGUUCUGGGACAUUUCCAGUCUGCCCAAUGUGACCGUCAAUGAAUACCGCAAGAGGAAGAAGAAAGACGGCCGAAUGAAGUCUCUGACCAAGAAGGCCCACGGAGACAACGACUUCUUCUCAGGACUUGUGGAGGAGACGGAAGAGAAGGAGGAUGGAGAUCAGGAGGAUGAGGACGCUAGCGACAGCGGAAGCGAUUAACCAGCGCUGCGCUGAACUUGGUUUCAUGUUGGAAACGCGUCCUGACUGUUUCCUUCAGACGACUUCAGUUUCAGUUGAAGAAGUGAACCGUGACGUCUGCUGUUUACUGGCUUCGUUCCAAAGUGGCCCUCGGUGUCCGGGGACCCUGAGCGUGGAUGGUCCUGCUACACCCACGGCGUUGGUGCCUUAUCUUAGAUACGACUUUGACCCGGAGACAAACCACCACUGAGGACUCAGUGGUCACAGAUGGGAGGGUCAGGAUGACUUUUAGAUCUUCACAGACACUCAGACACGAGCAGUGAGGAGUCCGCCAUCUUCCCCUCAGAACCGUUAAUUCAUACUGACUGUGGAUGAGGCAGAUGAGGCAGAAAUGAUCAGACCUUGUGAUGAUAAUAACAUUGUGAUGAAAUGAUGUUUUUCCAGGAUUGAAACCUUUGAAAGUGUC